AUGUCUCUAUCAAUUGUGCCAAUGACCAAAUCCGACAUUCCGCGGUGCAUAGAGAUUGAGAACCUCGCGUAUGCAGAUAACCCGCUCAACCGUGUGUUAUUCCCCUCGUCAGAUUCUGCCGGUUUUCGAUCAAUUCGAGAAAAUGAGAUGGAAAAGGCUUUUGAUGAAGAGAGCAUCUCUCAAUUUUUCAAGGUCGUUGAUAGUGAGCUCUCUGGCGAUGAUGCCACAAUAGCCUGGGCGAAGUGGCAGAUAUGCCCCGAGGGCUUCCCGGAGCGUCCUCCGCGACAGAUGGACGUACCAGGCAUGGAUAUCGACGUUGCCAAGUUGAUACUUGGAGGACAAGAUAGUUUGAUCAACCGGGUGAUUACUGGAAAGCCGUGUAUCUAUCUGUCCAAUCUUCAAACAGAGCCUAAGCAUCAGCGACGAGGAGCUGCCGCAAUGCUCGUUCGAUUGCUCUUGGAAGCGGGAAAAGAUGCCGACCUUCCUGUGUUUUUGGUGUCAAGCCGGGCAGGGUAUAUCGUCUACCAAAAGAAUGGAUUUGUGGAUUUUGAAGUUGUUGAGACAGACCUGCGUCGUUUCGGUCAGACUGAGCCACAUGUUAUGACCGUGAUGCGCUGGGAGGCUCCUGUUGAUUCUUUGGGAUGA